ACCACCCUCCACCCUGCACCCUGCUGCAGUAUAAAUCCUGCUGCUGUCCAUCCUCUGCCUCCACUCUCUGCUCUCACACCUCCUGACUGACCUCACACCAAGAAAAGGUGAAAAGUUUGAGACGACGAUGACCGACCUGGAGACCUCGAUGGCGACCAUCAUUUCGGUGUUUCAGAAGUAUUCGGGGAGAGAAGGAGACAAACACAAACUGAAGAAGAGCGAGCUGAAGGAUCUGCUCCAUGACGAGCUGCCCGAGCUGAUGGCGCAUGUGAAAGACCAGAGCACCCUCGACAGCCUGAUGGAGAGCCUGGACACGGACGGAGACGCCGAGUGCGACUUCCAGGAGUUCAUGACAUUCAUCUCCGUGGUUACCGUCUGUUGCCACGAGUUCUUCGAGCACGAGGACGAGUAAAGGAGGGGGACGGAGGGGGAGCUACAGUAAAUUAAGAUGAAGAAGAAGAAGAAGAAGAAGCUUAGCAACGCACAAGCUGACGAUGCCUUCAGAGGAGUGUAGCAGCGUGGGAAAAUACAACUCCAGCCUGUAGCCAAAAUGUUAGCAGUGGCUGGAAAAGAGUUCAGUGUUAGAAACUUCAGCUCAGAGUCAAUCUACUUUUAAGAAUCUUCUCUUUCUGUUUGAUUUUAUAGAUGGUUUGUUAAGUCUUCCAAAUGGCUUUGAGAUUCUGUAGUGGCAAAAAUAUCCUGUUGGUCAGCACUGGAUACGAUUUAGAGAUUCUAUUUUAUGUGUUUAUAUAGUAUAUAAUAGUUUAGAUGUGGCUCAGAGGUAGUUCAUUAAAAACAUUAAAUUGGCUGAUAAAAGUUUCUUAUGGGCUAAUGAGUUUAGGCUGAUCCCAAAGCCCCUUCAGAAGCCGAGCAGCUACCAAUAAUAUCCUCUUUGGCAGUCAUCGAACCUCUUAUUAGCGCCCGUCUUUGAAAAGCUGUGUUGACUAUUAAAUAUGUAAAGUGAUUUGUAGAUUGAUUAUCAAACACUGGAGAGGCUGGUACAUGUUUGUUUGAGCUAAUCCUUAACACUAAUUUUAAAGUCUCUGCAAGACUACUUGUUAUUAAGCUUGUUAUUAAAAUUCAAAUCAAAGUAAACUACUUAUCAGCACUGGGCUUGAAAAAUCUGGUUGGCUACCAAAAUGUAAAAGUGACUUGUAAAUAAUUAAAUUAACAACAAAUUCUGAACGGCUGGUAAAGGUUUCAAAAGUAGCUUGUGAGUUGAGCUUUACCUGUGAGCCAGUUUGGCCACAAAGAAAUCCACAAAACAAAAGGAACAGCUGAUGUUUCUGUACUUUUUUAAUUGCCUCGUUAGCAGAAUCAACGUUUGUCAGUUAAUCUGUUUGGAUAAUUUGUAAAGUGUGCACUGGAUUGAUGUUUCGGCUCGACCUGGUGUGACUACAAAGAGAAUAAGCAAAAUCAGCUUGUUCGUCAAAAGUCGUCAAAAUGACAUUCUGUCUUCUCUGCACGUUAUAAACAUUAAGAGACUCUUAUUUUUAACUCUUGUUUAGAAAACUUUGGCUCGUAUACUUUAAGUGCGGCAAGUUACGUAAUCACCGGUAACAAUGUUCUUUGUAAAAUUUAGAAUUGAAAAUUUAAGGAGGCCAGUGAAUCAAGAGAAGCUAACAUAUUUAUCAACCUCAGUGGCCUUUUAGGUAGUUAACCAACUACUCAGUUUAAACAUGUUUUCACCUACCAGAUACUGAAUGUCACCUGUAAGUUGGCUGCUUUUGAUUGGCUGUUUAAAAUCUCCUGUUGGCUUGUGAGUUUUGGCAAUUCAAGAUGAAACACUCGGGUUUAAAGUUGAGAAGAAAUCUUCUUUCAUUAAAAAUUCUGACGGCUAACUUCAAAGUCUAAUAAGACAUUUCUUUGGCGAGUACAAUUGAGAGUUUUUCUUUCUCUGCAGCUGCUAGUUUUGUAGAACAAUCCUGACGUUGAGAAAUAUUAUAAAAUUAAAACAUGACUGGUAGAUGUUGUGAGAGCUUUGUGGGUUUUUUUUCUCAGACAUGUUGCAUUUAUUUUAAGUGACUAAUAAAGAGUUUAGAUUCUGUGACAGCUUGUUUCCUGUUUCUGUCAAUAACACUUUUAAGAGUCUAGCUAGCUGCUAAAGUAAUCAUGAAGUUUUACGACUUUGUAGACAUCGUUACAAAGAGCCGAGUUUAGUCGGACAAACAAUUCAAAGUAGACUAAUGCCAGAAUUAAAAAUCUACUUUCUCCUCUUGAUGAAAACAAAUGUAAAUGGUUUAAAAAUGUUGGAACAGAAAAGUGUCUUUUGAAAUGUUGAUGAUGGUUUGUUUGGAUGUUGCUGAUAUGAAAUUAAAUAAAUGAUGAAUAUAUUUAA